AUGAACGCCAUCCAGCAAAAGUGUCGACCAAAACACCAGGUCCUGGUUCUUAAGUGCUAUCCCAGGACCACCAAGGGUGCCGUCGACGUAAAGCCCAACAGCAGCGAGCUCAGCUACCUCCUCUACUAUGCAACCAGCCGACGCUCCAAAAUCCAAAAGAUUGGUGCCUUCCUUGAGAAGAAGACAGCCAGUGAUGUCUGGCGUUUGCGCAUCGGAAAUGUUCAAGUCACCCUCCAGAUCCUCGCAGCUCUGAUCGAAAAGCUCCACAAAGAUGCCGUCCUCAUUGCUCCCUUCGUUCUCAAGGUUCUCGAUACCGUUCUACGAUCCGAAGACAUUACCAUGAUCGAAUCUUCUCUGCCCACUUUCGAGGCCUUUUGCGAUUUUCACGAUGCCGCUCUCCUAUCCGCCGACCAAGCCUUCCUUCACCAGUAUGAAGACAUUGUUCGCCUUUACGCUCAGCUCGCAUCCACCCACCUUGCGCCUGGCAAGGAGUCCCUUAGCAGUCCCGUCAAGGUGCGCUGGCGAAGCGCAGGCCUCGAGGCCAUUCGCAGUAUUUCCACCGCCGACGCCCUUUCCUCCAUCACCGGACGCCAGAUGGACGUCAUAAUGCCUCGAAUUCUCGACAAUCUGUGGUCCGAUACACCCGAUUUCCUCGAAGUUUUGCAGCAGCGAGUCGAAGCGGAGGAAAAGGUUGACACGGAAAAGCAGUUGAGGCGUAGGACAAGCAUUGCUACUGUUGCGACCGUCGAUACCGCUGGAGACCCGAAUCCCGUUGCCCUCGCUGGAACCGCCGGCGAUGUCGACAAGCUUGCCGAGGAAGAGGUUGGAGUUUUGGCCAUGCAGUGCCUCAAGAGCAUCUUCAUUGUUCCGAACCGAUCGCAGAUCCACGGCGCAACCGUCUCCCUGCUGCGGUUUAUUCAGAAUCGUGUAAGCCAAGGCGAAUCCGUUGUCGAUCUCCAUGACGACCGAGAACGAGAUGGUGGCUGGGCCAUCAGCAUCUACAGCAUCAUCUCUCGAUGGACUCCUGUACAAGACCGAUACAUUAUUCUCGUGGCCGCGCUGGAUACUCUUCUCCGAAUUCCCGUUCAGGACGCGACUCUCGAUCAGCAACUUGCGUUGACCACCAUGAUGAGCUCUCUUCUCCGGUCUGACGUGAACCUCAUUGGAUUGAGUGUUAUGGAUGUUCUCCUUGGUCUAAUCAAGCAGAUGAGAAAACUAUUUCGGUUAAGGAGCCCCGCCAGCCAGAGCGACGAUGGUGACGCUGUCACAGAGCCCGAGCACGCUGUGCGCCAGAAGACCAAGCAUCUUCUGGGCAGGCUUGAGCUCUGCAUUGGCGACCUUGCGACUCAUGUUUACUACGCCGACCAAAUUUCCGACAUGAUCACCGCCGUCAUCCUGCGCCUGAAGCCAUCUCGAUCAUCCAGCACCAGUUCCUCGCCCGGAGGUGAAAAGGCUGGAGAGGCAGGGCCAGGCGCGUCGAAUAUCGAAUUGUCUGAAAGCCAACAGCUCGAUCAUUAUUUCUCCCUCAGCGCAGGCAGAGCAUCCGCUCUCCACGUCAUCAAGGCUAUCCUGCUGGUUGCCAAUCCUCAGAAGAAACUCACCGGCAACAUGGCCCUGUCUCGAAACCCUGUGCCGAUCCAUGUCUGGGAGGGCACACACUGGCUCCUGCGCGAUCCAGAUGGCCAUGUCCGUAAGGCUUACAUGGAUGCUCUUAUCACCUGGCUUGAUCGAGAGGCGACAGUCGCAGAUGAGAUCGCAGUCGAUGAGACUCUUCCACGUUCUCGAUCAUCCAUCAAGAUCAACCGAGAGCUGUCCGCUGCUGGCAACCGCCGUGCAGUUUCGAAUGCUUCCCACAACAAAGAACGAGCCUCAAAGACUCGACACUCACAAUUCCUACCGUUGCUACAUCUUGUUAUCUACGAUAAUGCUCUGCAGUUUUACGAGUACGAGAACGAUCUGGUGAUGCUUCACAUUCUUCUGACCAAGCUUGCCUUCAAGUUGGGAGUGAACGCGGUCCGACAUGGCCUUCCCAUGAUCUAUCGGUUGCAAGAAGACAUUCAAGAGAUUGAUACACCUCUGCACAAGGUGCGGAUAGCGGCCCUUUGCCACGGAUACUUCUGGGGCCUCACAGAAAAGUUUGACUUUGAGGCGUCAGUUGUCGGACGAGCUAUCCAAAACGAGGUGGUGCGACGCAGAAGCAAGGGGUUCUGGAUCGAGGGUAUUCAUAUCCCACCUCCUUCGACUGACAUUGUCGGAUUCCCUGGAGAGACACGGCCGCACCCAGAAUGGGAUGCAGUCGCACUGGAGAGAGAGGAGCUUUUGCCAUUCGACGACCGGAGCUCUCUCGUGGAGUGUGUCGCCGCCAACUACCAUGAAACCAUCCAAACACCCCCUGGCAGCCCUGCCAUCUCCCCAGCCCGAGGACUCUCCGGUCCGAUUCUCGGCUCGACAAUCACCUCCACGGCGCCCGAGACCGAGACCGAGUUGCCGGCCGUAUUCCGCGAGCAGAUGCUGACAGACUGGUCCAGAGACGCGGCCGUAGCCAUGAUGGCAUCGGUUGGAAAAUCAGAGUCCCUUUCAGGAUCCAAGACCGGGACUUCAGUAACACAGAGAGGCCACCUCACGGUAAACACUAACGGCAUCAAUGGUAACGGUAACAAUGGGCCCGUGUCACCAUACGGUAGCCAGUAUAACCUAAUGAGGCCUCAUUCGUCACAUGCGUUCCGUGAGCGGGAUCGGGACGGAACGCCCACCAAGCAUCGCAAGGGAAGCAUGCGGAGUGCUGUCUCGCCAGCCCUCUCCGUAUCAAACCGGGGUGGCACCGUAGCCUCGGUGGAGCAGCUCAAGCUUGUUCUGUCUGGAAACCCUCCUCCAAAGACAGCUGGACUCGCCGGCGACGACGACAGCGGAGACAGCAUGGUCAGCUACGACUACAGUCCUUCAGAGAUCAGCUUUAACCCGGCUACACAGACCGAUGAGGCAAUCAGUCCAACGAAGAGGCCGGCGACGGCUACGACCCGUCGA